GUUGUGUUGUAAAUCAUGGCGUCGUAUCAGAAACUAGGUGGUAUGCAACCACUGACGGAUAAAGAUCUUGAAGAGAUUCUAAAUGACAGUGACUUCUACUUGAGCGAUGAUGAUAAGGAAAUCACCGCCGAAAACAGUGAAUCAAUUGAGGCAAAUGAUAAUGAAGACGACGAGCCGGUGCCGGCAGACGCAGAUUCGGUUUCUGAUACCAUUGAAGAGGAGUCUGAUGACGAUAAUGUUCCCUUAUCCAGAAUAAGAGAGCAGGUUCUCCAGGAGCAAACAAAAAAUAAAACCGCAGAAGUAAAAUGGAAAAGAAAUGUUUUUGAAAGUCGAGAAGAUGUCUACCUUGAUCCGGAAUGGCAGUUACAAGAUGAUCAUGAGUAUUGGACACCCCUGAACUAUUUUUAUGAAUACUUUCCAGAUUAUUCUUGGGAAAAUUUAUCAGAACAAAGUAAUAUUCGUGCCAUGCAAGCAAAUGAAAAAAAACAACUAAAGUCAACAGCCAAAGAAUAUCGAAUAUUGACUGGAAUACAUAUUUUAAUGGGCAUUUUUGGACCACGGCUGCGGUUGUGGGAACAGGGACAAUUAUGAACAACAGAAUUCCGCGAGAUCUUAAGAGCAAAAUAAAAAAUGAUAAAGAGCUCCUCUCGAAUGGUCGUGGUUCCUUUGAUGAGUUUGUGCGAGAAGACAAAAAAUUACCUUUCUGAAAUGGAUGGACAGCUAUGGAUCAAUAACAAUGGCAUCAACAUCUUCAGGCUCUGCGCCAGUAACAGAAGUACGCCGAUGGGACAAGAAAAAUAAUAAGUACCUUCUUGUUUCAUGUCCAAACUCUGUCACUAGUUACAACCAUUCUAUGGGAGGAGCGGACAUGUGUGACUAAUUUCUUACUAUCGCAUUUGUAUGCGAACAAAAAAAUGGCCGGUAAGAGUUUUCUGGCAUUUUGUAGCCCUUGGGGCACAAGCAAAAGGUUUUCAAGAUCCAACUUCUUCAUUAGAUGAAGAAACAAGUCAACCUGCUAAAAAAUGCAAGAAGUCGGAGAUGCCACCAAGAGAUGUCAGGACCACUGGUAAUGAACAUCUACCAAAACGCAGUGUUAAUAACAAAAAUUCCUAUAUGCGCUGCCGUAAUCAAGGCUGUACAAAGAAAACAAGAUUUUUUUGUGUGAAAUGUAAGCUUUAUUUAUGCAUUUCUCCAGAGAGGCAAUGUUUUUUUUUUGAGUUUCAUAAUUAAAGACUUAAGUCCAAUUGUCCAAAAUACUAGACAUGUCAUAUUUUUUUCUGUAGUAAUUUUUUUUUGUAAAAUUUUUUUUUUGCUUUUUUUAAAUCCUAAUAAACCUAUUUUAUUAAACGUUUCACUAAAAAAAAGUAAAACAAUUCCUUGGGACUGAAGAGGAUAGAAUUUUUAUUUCCUUUGAUUUUUUUAAAAAACCAUUUGUCUAUCUACUUUUAGCCAUUAUUGUACUUUGAUUUAUGAUGUUUAGUACCUUGGUUCUACUCAAGACAAAAUAAUUGUUUUUAAUUAAAUUUUCGGCAUAUUGAGU